AUGGAGGGCGUCGAAGUUAGUACGGGGGAGAAGGCUCCGCCCGUGAAGCACCAAAAGGUGAUAGCGCGUGGGGUCCCCCGCGUGUCGCGCUACUUGCUGCUGCUGCUGUACUCCCUUUACUCCUUCGUUGGGGCUCC